AUGUCAAAGGCUUCGGAUAGCAUCCUCAAGCAGCUGAAGGUGCAACGGCAAAGGCAGCAAGCUGUGGCCGUCAUGCGAUGUCGCUGUGCCCAGGGAGGAUUGGAGUUCGAGCAUCUGGAUACGUUUUACAGAGCCAUUAGGCCAUAUCUCUGUGUUGCCCAAUUCUUUGGCGUCAUGCCCUUGGCCAAUAUCCUGAGUCGCGAUCCCCAGGACGUGAAAUUUAAAGUGCGCAGCCUUGGAGCUGGAGUCACUGUUCUAUUUCUGCUACUAGGAGGCCUGAAGACCUUAAUAGGCGCCUAUGUCCUCAUUAAGGCAGGACUCAAUGCCAAGAAUAUGGUUGGCUUGGUCUUUCGCAUUGUGGGCAUCAUCAACUGGUUAAAUUUUGUGGGCUUUGCUCGCUCUUGGUCGCAGAUAAUGUUACCCUGGAGUUCUUUGGACAUUCUCAUGCUAUUUCCACCCUACAAACAAUGUAAGCGGACUCUUCGUUCCAAGGUCAACAUAAUAGUGAUUAGCGUGGGUUGUCUGGGUUUGGUGGAUCAUGCCCUUUACUAUAUCUCAGGCUACUAUACUUAUAGAAACCAUAUUUGGCAUUGCCAAACGAAUCUCACGCAGGUCUCCUUUGGUUUAUAUCUAAAAAAGGAGUUUUCUGAUGCCUUGUUUCUGCUGCCUUACAAUAUAUUCUCAAUGUGCUAUGGUUUUUGGUUAAACUUUUCUUUUACCUUUUUGUGGAACUUUAUGGACAUCUUUAUAGUGAUAACCAGCAUUGGACUGGCACAAAGAUUCCAGCAGUUUUCUGAAAGAGUCUUGGCCUUGGCAGGGCGACAUGUUCCUGAUGCUUUGUGGUACGAUAUACGUCGAGAUCAUAUACGCCUUUGUGAGCUGACCAGUCUAGUGGACGCCAGUAUGUCGAGUAUUGUUUUCGUAUCCUGCGCGAAUAAUGUCUAUGUGAUCUGCAACCAGGCUUUGGCCAUUUUUACAAAGCUACGACAUCCUAUUAAUUACGUGUACUUCUGGUACUCACUGUUCUUUUUGAUGGCAAGGACCAGUCUGGUCUUUAUGUCUGCCUCUAAGAUUCGGGAUGCCUCGCUCCUGCCUCUGAAAUCCGUGUUUCUAGUGCCCAGUGAUCACUGGACCCAGGAGGUUCAACGUUUUGCCAGUCAACUGACCAGCGAGUUUGUUGGCUUGUCCGGAUAUCGGCUGUUUUAUUUGACAAGAAGGAGCCUAUUUGGGAUGCUGGCCACCCUGGUCACCUAUGAGCUGAUGCUUCUGCAAAUGGAUGCCAAGAGUCGCAAAGAAGGUCCAACAUGCGUUUAG